AUGGCACGAACUAAGCAAACUGCGCGCAAGUCCACCGGUGGCAAGGCUCCGAGGAAGCAGCUAGCCACAAAGGCUGCCAGGAAGUCAGCUCCGGCGACCGGCGGUGUGAAGAAGCCUCACCGCUUCCGCCCAGGCACGGUGGCGUUGAGGGAGAUCAGAAAGUAUCAGAAGAGCACCGAGCUCCUGAUCCGAAAGCUCCCCUUCCAACGUCUCGUGCGCGAGAUCGCACAGGAUUUCAAAACCGAUCUGCGGUUUCAGAGCAGCGCCGUGUCCGCGUUGCAGGAAGCCGCAGAGGCUUAUUUGGUUGGACUUUUCGAAGACACUAAUCUGUGCGCCAUUCACGCCAAGCGUGUCACUAUCAUGCCCAAAGAUAUUCAACUCGCCCGCAGAAUCAGAGGCGAAAGGGCUUGA